AUGACACAGAGGCUUUUAUCGAGCUCUUUGAGUGGACGGUUGAAGCCUGGAAGUGGCCGAGCACCCAGUGGGCAGUCUGCCUACUGCCGCUGUUGUUUGGGGAAGCCCAACACGUGGGCCAACAACGAAGAUCUGAAGAAAGCCAUCCUGCAAUGGGUCGGCCGAAGCUCAGAGCAACAAUGCCAACACUUCAGCUCGGCUGCCCGUUCACAUUCACUCGACAGCUCUGUGACACCUGCCAAAUGUGGCUGUUGGCUGAAGAUCACGAUGCCACGGGGAUACUUGAUCUGGCAGUUCAUCACCCGCCUACCGAAAGGGACAGCGUUGCUGGAUGGGGCGGUCCAGCUGGCUGAGGACCAUAUGGCGGCGGGUUAUUUUGAGACAGAGCUGGGAUCAUGUGAAUCCUGCGAUGACCUCUGUCUGACCUGUGAUGGCUCCAGCACACAGUGUCUUUCAUGUCGAAAAGGCCUUCAUCUGGCAAAUGGGAAGUGCAUGCAAAACUGCACCCCCAUGAGCUAUGUGGCAGAAGACGGCACUUGCAAUCGCUGCGCUCCUCACUGCGAUGCAUGCACCGAUUUUGCCACCUGUACAAGGUGCAGCUUUCUUUAUCUGCUCCUAAACGGUGCAUGUAAGGCCAUCUGUCCAAAAGGCUACUUUGAGGAUUUGGACCAUGGAGUGUGUGUGAGCUGUCACUCCACCUGUGCCACCUGCUCUGGGCCUGUAUCGAAUGACUGCGAGACUUGUUCAGCUCUUACCCCAAAACUCUACGAGGGCACUUGUUUGGAAGAAUGCCCCGUGGGCACUUAUUACCAAACAUCUGAUAGCGAAUGCCAGGAAUGUCACCAGACCUGUGCCCGGUGUGAGGGUCCCGAGCCCACCCAAUGUCUGCAGUGUGAAAAGGGUCUGGUACUGGAUCCCAACACCAUGAUGUGCGGGGUUGCCGGGAAUUCGGACUGCCCUCCCAGAACAUUCCUCCAAAACAACCAGUUCACUUGCCAAGCAUGUCAUCGGCUCUGCCAGUCCUGCGAGGGCCCUCGACCCACUGACUGCCAGACCUGUGCCCUGCCCAACUACCUAAACAAUGGCACAUGUGUUAUUAAGUGUCCAGUGGGCACUUACAGUGCCCACGAGGAGGCUGAUGGGGUAGAGCUGGGAUUCUGUAUGCCCUGUGAUCACGUGUGUGCCACAUGCACUGGAGCAUCUCCCAGAGACUGUCUGAGCUGUGCACCAGGCUACCAUCACCUUCUCUCUCAUCUCUGUGUUAGCCAUUGUCCUACAGGGUACUACAGCUUAGGUGAGCGCUGUGAGAAGUGUGACCUUUCCUGUGAGCUGUGCUCGGGUCCAGGGCUGAAUGCCUGCAGGAUAUGCACACCUCCUCUGCUGGACCUACAAGGCACCAGGCAGUGUGUGGAACAAUGCCCACGCCGCUUUUACGAGAGUGAACAUAGCUGCAAACAGUGCCAUACCAGCUGCCAGUCCUGUACAGAUAACACUCCUCAGGGUUGUGUGACGUGUGACUUGGGGAGCGUCCUGCAGGGAGGGGUGUGUUACCCUCGCUGUGAAGAGAGCCGCUAUUACUCACAGAGUGGGGACUGCAAGCCCUGUGAUGAGUCCUGCAAACACUGUUCCGGUGCUGGACCCCAGAGCUGUCUCACCUGUCACCCAGAUUUUGCCCUUUAUGCCAUUGAUGGUCAAUGUUUACCCUGUUGCCAGCCUGGGGAGAGGGACAGAAAGUGUUGUUUCUGCGAUUCAAGCUCAGCUUUGUGUACUAAGGCCCCUGCUUCAAGUGGAAGCAUGGAUGAGGUUGUUCUGAGAUCCCGAGCAAUAGAGAACACCUCUGCAGCAUUACCUGUUGCUCUCCUGCUAGCUGUAGUGCUGGUGCUAAUUGUGUUCGCCCUCGUCCAAGCCCGGGCCAAGAAGCGGUUAUGCUGGAAACAGAGCUAUGAACGACUAAGUUUGGUGGUCAGAGCCCAGCCCAACCCUCAGCCCAUGCCCCACGGAGUACCAGAACCAGAGGACAGCGGAGAUGAGGCAGAUGUGGUCUACAUCAGCAGAGACGGAUCUGUGUAUAGGCGCUAUGGUUUUACCCACGAGCCAGAUACGGAAGAGGAACAGGAAGACGAAGAUGAUAAAGAGAACACACACCUUAAUAGAGCCUAAAUUUUGCUCACUCAACAAUGGAGUUCGUAGUUGUACUAAUUCUUUACAUGCACACUUCUGUGGUAAAAACCCACAGGAUUGGAAGAUGGGAAAGAUAGACAACUAUGUAUGAUUACUGGUAACAUCUUUUUAUUUGUUUUCUUGAUACUUUUAUUCAUACAACCCCAAUUAAACCCCAACAACCCUGAUAAAGUUGGGACAGUAUGAAAAAUGCUAAUAAAAAUAAAAAUGAGUGAUUUGUAAAUUAUAUUCACCCUUUGCACAACAACUACACAUUAUAUGAUAUUUGACCCUGUGAAUUUCAUUGUUUUUUGAAAAUGUACAGUAAUUUCAAAUCUGAUGAUUGCAACACGCUCUCAAAAAGUUGGGACAGCCGAGUGUUUACCACUGUGAAACCACCAUUUCUUCUAAUAACACUUAUUAAGCAUUUGGGCACUGAAGACACAAGUUUGUUAAGUUUAGAAAGUGGAAUUUUCCCCAUUCAUCCAUUAUGUAGGUCUUUAACUGCACAAUUGUACGGGGUCUUCGUUGCCAUCUAAUGCACUUCAUAAUGUGGCACACAUUCUCAAUUGGAGAUGGUCAGGACUGCAGGCAGGCUAAUCUAGCACACACACUCUCUGCUUACACAGCCAUGCACUUGAAAUCCGGGCAGUAUGUGGUUUGAAGUUGUCCUGCUGGAAAAUGCAGGGACGUCCCUGGAAAAGACGGUUCUGGAUGGCAGUAUAUGUUGCUCCAAAAUUUGUACAUAUCUGUCUGCAUUCAUGGUGUUCUCACAGAUGUGUGAGUUACCCAUGCCAUGGGCACUGACACAACCCUGGCCCAUAUAGACACUGGCUUUUGGACCUGAUGCUAAUAACAGCUUGGAUGGUCCUUUUCCUCUUUGGCCCGGAUAACAUGACGGCUGUGUUUUUUGAAAACCUUUUGAAAUAUGGACUCUUUGGACCAAAAAUCAGUUCCACUGUUUUACUUUCCAUCUAAGAUGAAACCGAGCCCAGAAAAGUCAGCAGCACUUCUGGACAGUGUUGAUGUAUGGCUUCUGCUUCUGUGGAUGCAGCGGCGAGUGCUGUUGUCUAACACAGGUUUAUCAAAGUUAUCCCAAGCCCAUGUUCAUGAAGAUUGUAAGUUGAUGACAGACUGUAUAUACAAAGUUGCAUGUCAUCAGUAUUUGCAGAGACCCCUUUUUCAAUAUUUUUCACAAAAUUUGACCAACUCUCUCAUUGCUCCUCUCCCAGCCUCUUAAAUGUUUGUAUUCCCCAGGAUACAGAAACCUUUUAGGGAUAAUUUGAUAAUUCGUGUUCUUUUCACUUUGAUUCAUAUGCAUCCAAACCCAGGAGACUGGAAAUGUUGCACACAAAAUGUGAAGAAAUAUUGCAUUCUGCUGCACACAAAAGUUCAAGUUUGGUGAACUCUGACUUGAAAAUUCAAAUGAUGAGAAGACGUGUGACUAAUAGAACAUUGAAAUGUCACACACUGACCUCCUGGCAGAAUGUUUUGGUUGUUUUAGGAAAGAGAGUCGUUGGUAUAUUUUAAAAUUUUGAAUUUAAUGUUUUUUUUGUUAUUUGUGAUAUCAAUUAUUAAAUUCUAGAAG